AGCAGUGGCCAGGCAGUCCUGAGGAGGCCACCGCCCUGGUGGAGCGGCUGCAGCAGGAAUCAAGCAAGGGGAGGAGAGUGGUGCCACAGUACAGCCAGUGCAGGUCACAGGUGCGAGAUGGAGUCCCCAGGAGGGAGGAACCUGCAGAUGGCCCCAAAGGAAGGCCAGGGCCUCUGCAGUGUGAAGACUGCCACGAGGCGCCCCUCUGAGGGGGCUGUGUCUGGAGGCUGGGGGUCCUGGGAAGACUCCGCGGAGGUCCCAGGGGAGGCAGGGGACGGCGAGCGGCAGCAAGCCACACUGGGGGCGGCGGACGAACAGGGGGGCCCCGACAGGAAGCUGGGCCCCGCAGAUGGUGGGCGGGACGGGGAUGGGCCCCAGGAGUAUGUAGACUGGACGUUGCGCCCUUCGCCUCUCCCAGAGGAGCCCGGCUGCCGGUGCAGGGAGUGCGGCAAGGCGUUCAGCCAGAGCUCCUACUUGCUGCAGCACCGGCGCGUGCACACAGGCGAGAAACCGUACACGUGCCCCGAGUGCGGCAAGGCCUUCGCCUGGAGCUCCAACCUCAGCCAGCAUCAACGCGUCCACAGCGGCGAGAAGCCCUACGCUUGCGGGGAGUGCGGCAAGGCCUUCCGCGCGCACUCGCAGCUCAUCCACCACCAGGAGACACACAGCGUUCUGAAGCCCUUUCGCUGCCCGGACUGCGGCAAGUCCUUCGGUCGAAGCACCACGCUGGUGCAGCACCGACGCACGCACACGGGCGAGAAGCCCUACGAGUGCCCGGACUGCGGCAAGGCCUUCAGCUGGAACUCCAAUUUCCUGGAGCACCAGCGCGUGCACACGGGCGCGCGGCCACACGCCUGCCCGGACUGCGGCAAGGCCUUCAGCCAGAGCUCCAACCUGGCUGAGCACCUGAAGAUCCACGCGGGCGCGCGGCCACACGCUUGUCCCGACUGCGGCAAGGCCUUUGUGCGCGUGGCGGGGCUGCGGCAGCACCGGCGCACGCACAGCAGCGAGAAGCCCUUCCCCUGCGCCGAGUGCGGAAAGGUUUUCCGCGAGAGCUCUCAGCUCCUGCAGCACCAGCGCACGCACACGGACGAGCGGCCCUUCGAGUGCGCCGAGUGCGGCCAGGCUUUUGUCGUGGGCUCCUACCUGGCGGAGCACCGGCGCGUGCACACGGGCGAGAAGCCCCACGCGUGCGCCCAGUGCGGAAAGGCCUUCAGCCAGCGCUCCAACCUGCUCAGCCACCAGCGCACGCACUCGGGCGCCAAGCCCUUCGCCUGCGCCGACUGCGGUAGGGCCUUCCGCGGCAGCUCGGGCCUGGCGCACCACCGGCUCACGCACACGGGCGAGCGGCCGUUCGCCUGCGCAGAAUGUGGCAAGGCCUUCCGCGGCAGCUCCGAGCUGCGCCAGCACCAGCGCCUGCACUCUGGCGAGAGGCCGUUCGUCUGCGCCCACUGCAGCAAGGCCUUCGUGCGCAAGUCGGAGCUCGUAAGCCACCGGCGUACGCACACGGGCGAGAGGCCCUACGCUUGCGGCGAGUGCGGGAAGCCCUUCAGCCACCGCUCCAACCUCAAAGAGCACCAGAAGCGGCACGGGGGCCGCACUGCGCCCUGACCCGAGGACGCGCCUGAGCGGGAGGUCGCGGACACGCGGCACUGCGGGGUGCCCAGCCUUUUUCGGGCCACCAGUGCGGGCGCCCUCCUGCUGGGAGUGCAGGGGUGGCAUUGGGCGUGGGGAACCCUGGCUGCACAGUCCCUUUGACAAUAGCCCCACCGGCCACCCAGACCUGGCUGGGACAUGUGGGAUGGGCUUUUGACCUCAGGGAAGGUAGUAAGCUCCACUUCGGCGAGAGGUUCGUCCAUGCAGAGGUGGGCAAGAACUGGGGUCUCCGACAGGUGUGGUGGUCUCCUCUGAGAACUGUGUGAAAUUGCUCCGGCAGGGAACAAGGGCAGGGUGUGAGUCCCCUCUCCUCCCUCCUUCCACCCCAGCGAGAACGGAAGUUGUACACGGGUUUUCUGUCUCCGGCCAAGGGCUAGGAGGUUUAGAGGCCUGGCUCUGGGGACCCUGAGGGUAGCAGGAGGCCUAGGGCGGGGGAGAGGAGCGGAGUUCUGUCCACUUCUCCGUCCUGCCUCGGUUCUCUCCACCGUGGUGACUGGGAUUCGUUUUAAAGGAUAACUCUGUCCGGCUUGACACACUGCUGGCUUCUUGUGGACGCAUCAUCACAUCCACGGGCCUCCGGUUGGCGCCACCCGGUUCUUCU